AUGAGCUCCAAGAAAGUCAUUGUCAAUGAGGAGGUCAUCGGAGAUUCUGAUAGUGAAGUAAUUAUGGUAUCAAGCCAAAGCCCAGUUCCUAUUGUUAAAGUGAAAGAAGAGCAAGAAACAAAAUCAUCAAACGAAUUUGAAGACUAUGAAAAGGCACUGGGUUUAUUUUCAAGUCCUAUACUACUUAAUGAAACAAAAGAUAUUAAUAUCAAAGAAUGUCUGGGUAAUUAUUUAUCAAAACAACUUACAAAAAGCAAGAGACCGCCAACUCCUAGAUCCAAAGCUAAGAGGAAGUGA